AUGGACUCAGAAGCACCGCUCGUAGUCGACAACGGCACGGGUUUCGUCAAAGUAGGCUACGCAGGAUCGAACUUCCCAGAACAUGUAUUCCCCUCCGUCGUAGGCCGCCCCAUCCUGCGUGCAGAGGAGCGCGUGGGCUCCGCAGCGAUCAAAGACAUCAUGGUGGGCGACGAAGCCGCCGAGAACCGCAAUUACCUCCAAGUCACACAACCCAUGGAACACGGUAUAGUGCGCAACUGGGAAGACAUGAAGCACCUCUGGGAUUACACUUUCGACGAGAAACUCAAGGUUGACCCGCGCGGCCGUAAAGUGCUGCUCACGGAGCCACCCAUGAACCCAAAAGUCAACCGGCAGAAGAUGGUGCAGGUGAUGUUUGAGGAGUAUGGCUUCCAGGGGGUGUAUGUGGCGAUUCAGGCUGUGUUGACGUUGUAUGCGCAAGGUUUAACAACGGGCGUAGUCGUCGACUCGGGUGAUGGAGUCACGCACAUCGUACCUGUAUACGAUGGAUUUGCUCUUCCUCAUCUCACCCGACGCUUGGAUAUUGCAGGCCGAGAUGUCACGCGGUACCUGAUCAAACUGCUGCUUAUGCGUGGUUAUGCGUUCAACCGUACUGCUGAUUUCGAGACUGUGCGUGAAAUCAAGGAGAAACUGUGCUAUGUGAGCUACGAUCUUGACCUCGACCAGAAAUUGUCGGAAGAGACGACGGUGCUUGUAGAGAGCUACACGCUCCCUGAUGGCCGGACAAUUAAAGUGGGCUCAGAGCGUUUCGAAGCUCCAGAAUGCAUGUUCCAGCCGCAUCUCGUGGACAUCGAUCAGCCUGGUGUGGCAGAAAUGCUCUACUUAACCAUCCAAAACGCAGCAGUUGACAUCCGAACGGAACUGUACAAACACAUCGUGCUCUCAGGCGGCUCAAGCAUGUACCCAGGCCUCCCAAGCCGACUGGAGAAAGAAAUGAAACAGCUAUAUCUUACGCGUGUACUGAAUGGCGAUCCAACGCGAUUGAACAAAUUCAAAAUCCGCAUCGAAGACCCUCCUCGUCGGAAACACAUGGUGUUCCUGGGCGGUGCUGUCCUCGCUGACAUCAUGAAGAACCGUGCAGAAUUCUGGAUAUCAAGAGAAGAGUGGUUUGAGCAGGGUAUUCGCUGUCUGGAUAAGCUAGGACGUGGAGAGAAUUAA